GCUCCAUUCUUUCUCUUAGGGGUGGUGGCCGCUGUUUUGCUUCGUAGCUUCCAGAUCGGCAGGAAAGCAUGGGAAUGUAGCGAGGGAAUUACCCAGUUAACUUGCCUCAAAGUUCCUUACAAGUUGUUGCAACUUAUCCACGAGGUGCUCCACGUAGCCUGGAACUCCGCCGAAACCACCUCGGCCCUUCAGAAACGCUUCUCGAAGGCUUCCGAAGCGAGUGAACCCGGACAAAGAACCGAGUCGAGGGCUAGCGUCAACGUUAGCUGGCUGCCGGGCUAACUUAACACUCCGGCGCAAUGCAGGCCAUAAAGUGUGUCGUUGUCGGGGACGGAGCUGUGGGUAAGACCUGCCUGCUCAUCAGUUACACCACCAAUGCCUUUCCUGGAGAAUACAUCCCCACAGUGUUCGACAACUACUCAGCCAAUGUGAUGGUGGAUGGAAAGCCAGUGAAUCUGGGUCUGUGGGAUACAGCAGGACAAGAAGACUAUGACAGACUCCGCCCACUUUCUUACCCACAGACGGAUGUGUUUCUCAUCUGCUUUUCUCUCGUGAGUCCCGCCUCGUUCGAAAACGUCCGUGCCAAGUGGUUCCCAGAGGUGAGACAUCACUGUCCCAACACCCCCAUCAUUCUGGUGGGGACCAAGUUGGACUUGAGAGAAGACAAGGACACACAAGAGAAGCUGCGGGAGAAAAAGCUUGCACCCAUCACUUAUCCACAAGCUCUGUCGAUGGCCAAAGAGAUUAGUGCUUUUAAGUACCUGGAAUGCUCGGCUUUGACUCAGCGCGGCCUUAAAACUGUGUUCGACGAGGCCAUCCGGGCCGUCCUCUGCCCUCCACCCAUGAAGAAGAACAAGAGGCGCUGCGCCCUCCUCUAAGACUCGCUGGGUGCUUGCGGUAAAGGCGGCAAAUAGAAGAAGAAACUCCAGAUAUCUACAGCAGUAGUGCCGACCAUUCCCGAGCAACCACGAGUCUAGUCAUAAUCGAAGGACGCGGUUGGACGAGUAUCUAAUUCAUUAACAUCAUAUGCUCUAUAAGCAACACUAUGACAAUUUUAAAUUCUUGAGGCCUUCUGAAGUGGAUUGUUUUUUUUUUGUGUGUGUGUUCACGGUGGGUUCAGUGACGGUGGGAAUUUUCAAUUGGUUUCUACUGGUCGUCCAAUAUUUUUGUUUACAGGUUUGGCGGAAGAAUCGUUGCCAAAUACAUUAUGCAAACGUUCUCUGUGCUGGCUGAUGCUUUCUCUCUCUCUAACCAUCACAACUCUGCCGUCUUUCAAUGUAGCUGUCACCAGCUCUCCUGCUAGCUAGCUCAUCGCCGACACUCUCCUAGAUUAAAUGUCACCACCUGUGCUUUUAAUCUGUGCAGAAGCAUCCAGUAUUCUUCACAUUCUUCCACGGUUUCCCUGUAGAUCCCGUCUCAUUUCUGCCCACAAAGAUUGUAUAUUCCAUGAAGGGUCAGAAGUGUCGGGGAGGCGGGGAAAUAAGAGCACCUUUCAUUCAUAGUCUUGGGGCAUUUCUCAGAAACCUUUCUCGUGCAGCACAUUCAUGAUGUAGAAUUUGUCACUACAGAGCUAAGAGUCUCGUAAAAGCGUGCUCAUCUUUGUGAUCCAUCCUCACCAAGUUACACUCACUGUAUUGUAAAACUAACACUAUGAAUACUCGCGAUAAUCCUCAACGGUUCUUCACUUGUCUGCGUCUUUGUAAUUACUGUCAAUAGCAUGUAUAUGCGACGUAUACUUAAAACUACCAAUAUGAUUCGCAAGUUAUGUAUUUACGAAAAAAUGUUUAGGUCAAGGGUCAGGUAUGUUUUUGCUCUUCUCUGUAUUCAGACAUCAAGCUGCGCUUUUAAUAAAAGCCAACGUUGUCUCA